UUUAUAUUGAAAGUAUCUUUCUUGUGGUUCUAAAGCAAUUAAAACUAUUUUAAAGCAUAUCACCUACAUACAAAUACCCUGCUGUAUACCGCUUGAACGCGAUCGUUUUUCGAUCUCGGUCAAACUCGUACGUUCUCGGAACCGUUCACAUUACAACAGUGUUACUGAUAGGUAUCAGCUGUUCUAGUAAAUAAAGGACUGUGUUUCGAUAUGGACAUCGACGAGAGUGUCACACAGCAAAAUCAGGAAAAUAUAAAUGAAGAUGCGAUUAAAUUGGAAGAGAGAAACAAUCGUUUGUCCGAAAGCUCCGAAAGAAAUGAGGACUGGUAUUAUAUGCCGGAUUCCAUUCUCUUGAAUAUUUUUCAAUAUCUAACGCCAAGGGAGUUGACAAUCGCUGGAGAAGUAUGCAAAUCAUGGCACAGAGUUUCGUGCGACGAAUUUCUUUGGAAAGAUCUGCUCUAUCAGACAUAUAAAAUAGAUCCAGACAUCGGCAUUAUGCCAGGGAAGACAUCUUGGUUAGGAGAAUUUAAACGUUUAACGUAUCAUACACCACUGUUAGAAACGGAGGUACUUAAAGAACAUUCUCACCAAGUCUUACAUGUUAGCUUCUCGCAUAAUGGAAAGAUGUUUGCCACUUGUUCGAAAGAUGGAUACAUCUUUGUUUGGAAAAGUCAAUAUCCUGUUAGUGUAAAGUACCUUCAUGAUAUGAAAACAUUUAGUUGGAAAUAUACACAGUUUUCGCAAUUCAAUUCUUCAGAUACUUUGUUACUUGUUUCUGGUGUACACUUUGGAACACCUCUGAGCACUUCGGGUGAAAUAGCAGUAUUUAGAUUAGCACCUGGCUUUGGUCUUCAGUGUAGAGUAAUAAAUAAACCUUAUGACAUAUUUGGAACAUGGUACAGUGAACAUUACCUUUUAAGUGGAAAUUUAUGCUGGUUGGCACAUUUAGUUAGUACUAGUCUCCUAUGGCUUAAUAAGGCAAAUCAAGAGACAUCUAGUGAACAUGUGCCUAUUAUGACACAACUGUUUAGAUUUUACAAUGGUAAUGCUUCAUCAGUUCGAGCAAUAAUGGUAGCUAAUUGUUUAACACCUGAACAAACUGAAUCUAGAGAGCAAGAAAAUCAGCCUUCAUCUUCCAAUGUUAAAGAAGAAAGGGGAAAUCCACCAAGCCAUAAAGAUAUUUCAUCUACAUCUUCUAGUGACAAUUUAAAAGAAGAACCAGUUGUCCUUCGUCAUGCAUCAUCCAGAUUACAAUAUAGUACAUUGGAAGGUGGAUUUAUGAAUUGGAAGAAACUUGGUGAUGGUUUUGAAUAUGCUAAUCCUAUACAAUAUAAUCAGGAAUAUAGACAAGUAGAAAUGGAGAAAAAAGCACAGGAAAAUGAUAAAGAAAGCGACAAUUCUCAGUGGGAUGAAGAGAAUGAAUCUGGAGAAUCGUCUAAUACGGAAGAAGGUGAUAAUGAUGAGUUAUCAAAUAAUUGUGAAAAAUAUCUUAUUUUUACAACUGGAUCCAAAACUUACACACCGCAUCAAGUGGGUUUCAAGAGAAUAAAAAAUUUAAAGUUUCCUACACGAUUAGAUCCAGGACCGUCAUUACGCGAAAGAAUAGCACAAAGAGAAAGAGAACGAGAAAGACAGAAUUCUGACGCAUUUUUUACCAAUUGGUUGAAUUAUGAAUCUGUAGCUGAUCAAUUUGAUAAAGUAGAUCACUUAAUUGAUUUGCAUGGACACAUUAUAGGAAUGGGACUUUCUCCAGAUCAUAGAUAUUUGUAUGUAAAUACAAGACCAUGGCCACGAGGUUAUGUUAUUACAAAUCCAUUACAACCUCCUCCAAUAGCUCAAGAAAUUGAUAUACACGUAAUUGAUUUAGUAACAUUAAAACAAGUUGGUACCAUGCUAAGAGCUCAUAAGGCAUAUACACCAAACAAUGAAUGUUUCUUUAUUUUUCUUGAUGUGUGCAAUGAAUAUGUAGCAAGCGGUGCGGAAGAUAAACAUGGCUAUCUCUGGGACAGACAUUAUGGAGUAUGUUUAGCCAAGUUUCCUCAUUCUGAUGUUGUUAAUUCUGUUGCUUUCAAUCCACGUGAUCCUGAAAUGUUAGUUACAACUAGUGACGACUAUACUGUUAAAGUUUGGCGUAGUCGAGCUGUAGUUCGUUCACUGGGACUAAACGAAGAUUCUUUUCGUAGAGGUAUGGAAGUACGUAAUAGGCGAAAGUUUCGAAAAAGUAGUUGUAACGUUGAUUAACUAAAGACUAUUAAGUUCCCAAUUUAAAUUUCUGUUUAGAGUUUUAAAAGAUACAUCAAAUUACAUUAUUUCUAUCUUCUAUUUCAAUUUGUAAUAUAUUAAUAUCUCUAUAUGAAUUUACAAAUUCUAUUUUCAAUGAAAUUAGGAUAAAGAACAUAAAUGGUUACAUAUUUACAAAUAUGAUCUAUAGAUGUUUACAUAUUGUUUUAACAAUUAAGCUACAUAAUAUACAAUAUUGCACAUAUUUUAUUUAUACGACAUUACAUAUUUUUAAUAGCUGAAGAAAGAUUUAUUUCUCUUUUACAAUGGCGUUUAUUGAAAUUGAAAUGUUUAUAAUUUGUUUUAUAAGAAAAUCGAAAGCUGCUAGGUAUAACAGAGUUGAUCUGUUUGUGUGAUUUUACUGUUUUUCAGUUUCUAUCUGACUUUGUAUGUACUUAAGGAUAAAUUACCUUCAGAGAUAGGUUGUAUAUUUUUAAACAUUUACAAAGUAUGAGUGUAAGACUCUUCUAAACUUUCAUGACAUAUUUUAAUUGACAAUAUUUCAUGUUUAAAUAAUUUUCUGACUGAUAUCUUUAAAUUAGUUUAGAAUAAGCUUUGAUGGUACACAAGUGUUUAAUAUGUAUAAUUAGCAAUUGCUAACACUGUUUUCAUUAAAAGGUAACAAAGAAUUAAAUGUUACAAUAGUUUUGUGUCUAUAAAAAAAGAUAAAAAAUGAAAAAUUUUUUAUUGUUUUAUAUACAUAUGUACAAAUAGUGUAUCAUCAGAACUGUACAAACAACUAUUUAUAAUUAAUAUAUUCUCAGCUAGGAAUUUACUUUAAAUUAGAAUAAAAUCUACAUUUUAAUACCCAUUAUGAUGUAAUAUAAAACUAUUCAAAAUGAAGGUAUUUCAAUCAUAAAGAAAUACAUAUAUGCAAAUAUUAUUAUAGCAAAAAAAUAAUUUAAAGGUAUUAUUUCCUAUCAUAAAUAUUUAACAUAUAUGUAUAUCUGUUCAAUUACUAUAUUAGAACAAGAGAUAUAUGUGUAAUAGGUAUACAAUAUAUAAU